CGAGAGGACAUGCCACUGAGGCCACUGCCAGGCUGCAGUGGUAGCACUUCUGGAGAGUACCUAGGUAGGAGUAAGGCAUAAGAGAGACGGUCCCCAGCCGCCGUUCAGUAUAUGGAGGCAAUAGUAUUUGCUGCCGGAGCUUCUAUGUACACCUACUAAUCACUGGACGAAAUCUGUCGCCAAUCUGGACAAUGGCAACCGUAUCGUCAAUGCCUGAUGCAGAAAUCCCAAGAGGCGGGUAUGUUGCUCCGGACCUUGUCGCCGCGUCCUCCACGGCAUCCCAGACCCCGGCACCAUUGGACUCCGGUGAACUAGAGUCGCGUGCCAACGAGUAUCUUUCGCAAGAAAAGUUCAACCGGAGCUUCACACUCCCAGCCACAGACGCUCACGGAGAACUUGCUGUAACCUAUGCGGUGGGCGGCGUGGAUAGCGCUGAUGCGCCAACAAUGCUCUUCAUCGGCGGCAUGCUUGGAGGAAGAUACUUGGCCUCGAUUGCCGACUAUGUAGCCACCAAGUAUGGCAUGAGAAUCGUCGUCACUGAUCGGCCAGGCCUCGGUGGCUCAACUCCUGUGAAGCCAUCUCUCCGUCUUCCUGUCUGGCUAGAGACAGUCCCAGUACUCAUGCGCACCAUCAAUGCCCGGCAUGUGUCGCUCUCCGCGCAUAGCUGCGGGGUCAUAUACGCCUUCAACACGAUCUAUAAAAUGCCGUGGAUCUUGCCUCCGUCCAAUCGAAAGUUAUAUCUAUUCUCCCCAUGGGUUCCGCCUGAACACUCUGGGGUAACUCCUCUGGCUAUAGCGUCACAGUUACCGGCUGCACUUAUCAACAGUUUCGACAGCAUCAUCCGCUUUGUGAACAAUACCGUUAUGCCUACUGUGCAUUUCUCGAGUGUGAUUUCGGGCGCUGUGUCUGCUCCGUUUUCCAAGGGCCGCAGAGAUAACCCGACAGACAGCGAGCCGCCCGCUCAGAAGCAUGAACGCGAUGAUUUAUGCCGCGAGUACUGCGGAGGAUCGGCUGCUGAGAUUAUUGCACGGUCCAAAGUGAUCACGCGGCGCGUGUUCAGUGAGAGCACCCGUGGCUGUAACCACGAAGCCCUCUUGUGUCUGCGGAAGGAUGUUGCUGGCUCGUGGGGUCCCUGUGACAACUAUGAAAGCUACGCUGAGGCGCUGGAGGCGAGACUGCAAGAAUAUUACCGGUGUGCAGAGAGUGAAGAGGGCUAUUCAAGUCGCUUCUCAGCAGAGUCGAGUCCGGAGACUACCCAACACCGAUUUGCUUUGAAAGUAUUCUGGGCUGAAACCGAUAGGAUGAUUGGCAAGAAAGGCGAGGAAUACUUUGACAGGUGCUUCCAGCGCUUUGCCGGAGACGGGCAGACGAGUAAUGGUGAGCGUGAAAGCUGUAUUUCAACCGAAAGUGAAGUGAUCCCGGAUACUGACCAUGAUACUCUCUGCCUGCCGCAAUACGGCGCAAUAUCAACAAUCCUGGAGGAUGCCUCCAGGGGGUGAGACGAGUUGAUGCUACGUUCGUUUUGACCAUCUCUAAUAUCCAGGGGUUGCCGUGAGCAGUUUUGAAGCCUUGGGGCGAAUAGAUAGUAUAGAAAACUUAGGUCUAUACAAGGUGGAUAUGGUGACUGUUGACUCUCAUGUCAAACUGGUACGAACAUACAGUACGUUUUAAGAACCCGGUAUCGUGAAAAAGGUUAGCAACAG